AUGUCUGUUCCAUUGACUUUAAGUACACCAAUCUUAUAUAUUGUUUCAAACUUAGGUUCAAAGUGUUAUUCGAAUGUCGACAGAAACUACUAUGACCAAAAGAUACUCAUGCGUAUAAACAACACUUUCUCUGCUGGUUUGCCUAUUGUUCAUUCGAAUGCAGAGUUUUCAGCUUUAGUAAACUCAAACACUUUAGCAAACAUAAACUUAACCUUAGUUGACGCAAACUUUGUUCCUGUAAAACUUUUAUGUCCUAUGUAUUUGUCAAUGACGGCAGAAAGUUUCGAAUUGGAAGAUGCAACUGGUGAAAGUAUUGUACUACAAGAACAACUUCAACAACAAAUAGCUCAAGAACAACAAAUGCAACAAAUGGAACAAAUGGAACAAAUGCAACAACAAAGUCAAGAAUAA